AUGCUGAUAGUCCAUUGUGAAGCCCCAGACCACGACGUUGGGGCCGGCGCCAUGAACUUCGGCGAGGUCUACAGUUGGAGUUUCGAGGACGUCCACGACGUCCCGCGGGGACCUUAUUGGUGCGACCUCGCGUUGGAAGACAAGCGUCUUUCUUUUCUGGCCUACUUUGAGAGAGGAUACGGUGUUGGGUACUCAGUCACGGGAUACCAAGUCAAUGAAACUGGAGUUUAUGGCCCUGAUGAUGAGCAUAAUCAGUGGAAGCAAAUUGAUCAGUUCCAUUAA